AUGCCUACCGAACUUGAAGAACUCGUCGAGUUCCUCCACCAUGGAAACACUCAGAUUCGCCAGAUCGCGGUCGAAAACCUCGUCGGCUUCUCUACAACCCAGAUCUCUCUCUUCAAAUACCCAGGAGACCUCACACCCGUCAAAGAUAUGAAACUGCUGGUCCGCGACUAUGCCCCCAUCGCGAAGAACGUCCUCACAAUCCUCGUAAACAUCUCCUCGGACGAAGAAAUCCUCAAAUACCUCGCCGAAGACGAUCAGUUCCUCGAGGUUCUGUACGAGCGCAUCACAAACGCAAAAGAAGAAAAUGCAGAUGAAAUGGCCAUGCUGCUCGCAAACCUCACAAAACACGAUCACCUGAAGACACUCUUGACCCUCAAACGCGACAUCCCCAAGCCGCUAUCUACUUCGCCUUUUGCGAUUGAUCAAUUGUUGGAUCUGUUUGUCAAGGGUCAAGAGGGCAGUUACAACGAAAAGGCAAACUUCGACUAUCUCUGCUACGUCUUCGCCGAUAUUUCCAAAUACGACGAGGGUCGGAAGCACUUCCUGACUCCUCGCGAGGAAGACGAUGACAUUGUUCCUUUGUCGAAAUUGACUGUCUUCACCGAGCACAAGUCAACGAUUCGCAGGAGAGGUGUAGCUUCGACAAUCAAGAACGCCGCUUUCGACACAGACGCCCACAGCAAGAUGCUGUCAACAGACGAAACAUCUGGCGGUCUCAACAUACUUCCUUACCUCCUACUACCCUUGAUGGGCCCUGAAGAAUACGAAGACAAAGAUAUGGACACCAUGCCCGAAGAACUGCAACUACUGCCUCCGGACAAGACCCGCGAGCCCGAAACCGAUAUCCAAAUCAUCCACCUCGAAACUCUACUGCUUUUGACUACAACAAGGGAAGGCAGAGACUUUAUGAGGGAAAAGAAUGUGUACGCCGUCAUGAGGGAGCUGCACUUGCACACCGACAGUCCAGAUGUGCAGGAGGCUUGCGAUAGAGUUGUGCAGAUUAUCGCCAGAGAUGAGGAAGGCGAGGGUGAGGAUGCACCACAACCGCCAAAAGUGCAGGAGAUUGAUGACGAGGAUGAGUUGGUCGAAGUUGCGUAG